AUGGCUGAUAAACAAUUGUUGUCUAAACUAGCAGAUAUACCACUAGCAAAACCGGGAUUCGACGCUCUGAACAUGUCAGCCCCUUUCAUCGUCCAGAUGAACAGUGAGGGAAAAUGGGAAAAUAAAAAACCCGAGAAUAUGGAUGAAGAUCGACUUAAAGCUAUUGUUCAACACUUAGUUAAUUCCAAGGCGAUAUCUGCAGCACAAAGUUACUGCUGUCAAUGUGCUGCUGAAAAUAAGAUGCCAAAAAUGCAACCCCAAUAUGUGCCAGUAGUUGUGAUGCCAAUUUAUACGAGUGACCAAUGUCCUUUUGAUAUGGAAGGCGAAAUACAUAAAAUAUCAGAUGCAGAAAAGCAAAAGGCUAAACCUGCAAAAAAAGCGAAAGCCGCAGAAAUAAAAGAAGAUAAAGAAAAAGAACGGUCUGCGAAACCAAAGAAGCGAGGCUUUGUCAUGCAGCGGCUUACAGACUUCGAUUUAUUGUCGCAAUGGUGA